GGAACUGAAUAAAAAGCUGUAUGACAGUAAUGACGACCUGCGCUCGGCAUUGGCAAGUGAAGCAGUUGCAGCUAAAAGAAGGCUGUCUCCCCAAAAUGAAAUCCCAGCCAGGAGAAUGAAACCCCUCCGACAGAGCACGCUCAACCAUAGCGGCUUGGAGGUCCCGAGCAAACUGACCUACUCUCAUGUGGCCACCUGGGCCGAUAAAUACCUGGACAGUGGGGUCUCCCUGCCGAUGGACACAGCUGAGAGCUCGGGCAGUGACUACGACAGCGACGACAGCAGAAGCUCAGCGGAAACUGUGCACUUCAGUUACUCGUGUGUCCCAUCUGACAUCGAGAUAUCAGAAGUGAAAUCUGAAGCUGCCGUGUCAAUGGCUCCGAGUAUGGCCACCUCCAUCGCUUCUUCCCUACGAAGACGUUUAUCUGCCUUUUCUCCAAAGCAGCCGUUGGAAGCAGACAUGGAAGCAUGUAAGGAGCCCACCCCGAUGUACCGCCUGGUUUUA